AUGGCGCAGCCGCAAUCCGCCCUGAUUUGCACGUUGAGUAAGCCAGUGGUGCAGAAUCAUGAUGAUGCACGUGCAUUGGUCGACGAAGCAAUGGAAGGCAAAGAGAAUUUGAUCUUCAAGGCUCGCCGUGAAUCCUGGAAAUCCAUCUACCUAUGCUUGACGGUGCCGACGACUGACAAAGAGUUCAAUGCCAUCGUCACGAAGUUGAAGGAAGCGUUCACGGCAGUGCAUGUCGUUGAAGGUGCCGAGUUUGAAGCGCGGAAGAAAGGGGACCAGGAUUUGCGGGCGAAACGGUGCCGACAGAUGGAGCACUUGCAGGCUGUUGAUUUAUCUCUUGUUGAUCGGCUCUUGAAGCUUCGAGGGGAGUCUGGAUCACAGAAAUCUCGUCGAACGGAUGCGUCGAAGAUUGCGACCUUGGCAUCCCGUUUGAGUGCAGUGCAGUGUGCAGGUUUGCGUGUGAAAGACUUGGAGGUGCAGCCAACUGAUAAGGCAGACGGAGAGGUCUGA